AUGAGACUCAAACUUAAAGCAGAUGGAGGGGUCGCCACCAUCAAUGUCGACCCAAGCCAUCUUUUCAAGGACUUCUUAUCGGAGAUUCAAUUGAAUAAAGAUUUACAUACUGAUGUGUCUGAAGUGGUUACAUCGGUAAAAACAGGGUUCCCACCAAAACCUAUUGAUCUUUCAUAUAGUCUAACUGAAUCCAUACUGGAUAAGGGAAUAAAUGAUGGCGAUCAAUUACUCAUUAGUUUUGCGUCUAUGAAGCGAAAGUUGUCCGCCUCGUCGGAUUUGGAAGAGCUGAGUAGAAGAAAGGAGGUUCAAGUUGCAACGUGUAAGAAUGAUGGCGACGGUGGUGGUGGUGGAGACGGUGGAGACGGUGGUGAUGAUGAUGAUAAUCCGCCGAGUAAAAAAGCCGAUACAAGAGAGGAUAUACCUGCUGUGUAUAUGAACUCAUUGAAGAAGUAUCUAAUAUUGAGGAACAUCCCCGAUGACAAUUCUUGUUUAUUCAACUCAGUAUCGUAUGCAAUUUCAGGAGCAUCGUCAUACAAAUCGGUUUCGCCCCCCGAGGAACUACGCAAAGUUGUUGUGAGUUAUAUAGAAAAAAACGCGGUGCUAUAUUCAGACACGAUACUAGGUCGGCCACGUAAAGAGUACUGUGAAUGGAUAUUAAAGAAGGAUAGUUGGGGCGGCGCAAUUGAAUUGGGGAUAUUAGCCGAUUGGUUUGAUGUGCAGAUAACAUGUGUUGAUAUAGAGCUGGGAAAUUUCAUCAAAAUAAAAAAUGAAGAGCAAAAUCCAACAAAAUUCAUUUUGCUAAUAUACAGUGGUGUACAUUAUGACGUAUUAGCUAUCAAUAGCAAAUUAUCAACAAAGAACAAAGACACGGACGAAUGUGUUUGGGAACUCAAUACUAAUGAAGAGAAAACUAUAAUUGAUGCAACUAAUAAACUUUGCAAAUUAUUACAGGAGAAAAAUUAUUCUACAAAUACAACAACUUUCCGUGUGCGAUGUUUGGAUUGUUAUCUGAUAUUAAUUGGAGAAGUGGGCGCCUCAAAACAUGCUGAACAAACUGGUCAUUUAAACUUUGGAGAGGUGAAAAAGGACUAA